AUGAGCGACGGGGCCCUGCCCGUAGACAACUGCGACCGGACCUUUAUGGAGCUCGAGUUCACCGUGAACAGCCCCAACUUUCCGGGCCCGUACCCCGGGCGCACCAUCUGCCGAUACAUGGUGCGGCGCUUCGACAGCGCCACCUGCGCCAUUGAGGUGCUCUUCACCAAAUUCGACAUGGAGAGCAACCCGGACUGCCAGUACGAGCACCUCGAAGUGGACGGCCGCAAGCUGUGCGGCACCCUUCCGGAAAACACCGUUCAAAAGUUCCCCUUCUUCCAACCGGAGACGGAGAAGGUGCUGGUGUUCCGCUCGGACCGCGGCAGUCCCCGGCCCGGGUUCUCGAUACGGGUGCGUCAGGUGACCGACUGCGCCGGGGGCACCAGCUGGAUGCCUGGCAAGGACAAGCCCCCUCCGCCGCCCAACCCGCUGUGCGACUACUGCCAACGCGAGCAGCGGGGCCAGCUGUCCAGUCCCAACUACCCGCAGCCGUACGGGCCCAACACCCGCUGCACUUACCGGAUAGAGCCAGUGCCGGGUCACUGCCAGGUUGAGGUGUACUUCCACGACUUCGACGUCGAGAGCUCGCCAGGCUGCCAGAAAGACUUCCUCGAGUUGGACAAGACUCAGCGCAACUGUGGGAACGACCUCAACAAGGCGAUACGCAAAGUGCCAUUCCCGGACGGGCAGUCUCCGGAGAUCCGCAUUUCGUUUAUGACGGACAGCUACGGCAGCGGCAAGGGCUUCCACCUCGAGUACAGGCAGCUUCCGUGCAAGGCUCCAAUGGCGGACACCGCGGCCCAGGGUAACGACAUGGCCAGCUCGGACCAGAAAGCGCUUUGGCUGAAGAACUACAAGGACCGGACGGAACUCAUCACUGCCAGCAUUUUCGUGGAGAACAGGGCAAAUAUCUCCAACCCCCAGCGCUUCAUUCACGACCCAGCCAAGACAAGGACCGCCCAAUAAGCAUCCCCUGAUUUUUUAUUUUAUUUUGGAAGUUUGUGUACAGUGUUAUUUGACUUAAAUGUCCAAACUGCUCACCCGAAAGGGGGUAUUCACUUGCGUUCAUA